AUGACUCUCAGAAUGGAAGAGACUGUGUGCGAUAAGCCCAGACUUUUUAAAGGGGAAGCUGGUUUCUUUAGAACGCCUGGGAACCCCUUUGAAGUGUAUGGAAACGAUCUUCAGUGCGAAUAUAAUAUCUUAGUGCCACGUGGGUAUCGCGUGGCAUUGCACAUUACCGAUUUAAGGAUUGAGAGCUCUGUUAACUGCGCUAACGACUAUCUAGAGAUACGUACACCAGGUGUGGUGCAGCAUUUCUGCGGGACUGACAACCCCGGAACCGUACUGUCGUCUGCCAACCAAAUGCGCGUGCACUUUGUCACCAAUUCUGCUACUGGAGACUAUGGCGUGGCUGCAUACUUCCAAAGUGAUUGUGCUGGAGCUACUAUGUGGACACUUCAAGGCAAUGUGACCAGCUUACACGGCAGGGACUUCAUGGUGCGAACAAUGGAAAAUGCAUCCGCAUGCCAGUUAGAGUGCGACAGGCAAAAUUUCUGUAACCAGCUGUUUUACGACAGCGCCAAUGCCAAAUGUUAUAUGAAGCUUCUUGGGUUCGUCGGUGACAAUAUAAGCUACAGCGACGUACAGUUAAUGCGUUAUGUGAAGCUAUGUAUUAGUAGAGCUUGGAAUGAACAAUGGAUAUCCCACAGUGGACGCUCCAUGAACAGUGCCUUUCUCUCCACAACAACCGAUAUCACACUAGACCAUUGUAAAGAAGAAUGCAGACGACGGCCAUCUUGUGUCUCGUUUGACUUCCGGUCCAGUGGGGGACGGUGUAGACUACAUUCAGCGACUUCCGGUGAAAUAUCUCUUAUAACCGAAGCUGGAACAAAUUUUUAUGAAGCAUCCGCUCCUGGUUCCUGUCAAGAGAUUCGAGAAUCUCAAGGCUCUCGCCCUGUGACUGGCUGGUAUCGUCUGCGCACCCAAACUCACGUUAUAAUGGCGUUUUGCGAGAUGAGACGAUAUGGCGGAGGGUGGACGCUGUUGCUGGCAACAAGUUCACGAUCUUGCUCCCAGUCGACGCCACUGUUGGCGACAAGCGCCCAUACCCCCAUGGUACGAGAUUACUCCAUACUGAUGCACAUAGAGUCACUGCGAGGCAAGUCUCGAACUGACCACGUGGAGUUCUUCGCAGAAGACAGUAACCCAGCUCGAAGGUGGCGAAAUUGGUGGAUAGUACCUAAGACGUAUAUAGAGGCCCGAGUCCGAAGACGACAUCACAUCGGUGUGAGCGCCAUGAAGACAAUUAUUGCAGGACAGAUUAAGGGUUUGAACGAUGGCAGCAUUUUAAGUGACAACAAUAACUUUCACUUUGGAGAAGAUUGCAGCAACGCGGUGACUGAUACUUCAGGGAGGAGUACGAUAUUCCUGUGGAUGCGUUCUCCGAAGCAGACGAUAUUUGGUGUCAGGUGUUUCUAUAGAUACUGCAAAAAUGGCGGAAGAUGCUAUUUCUACGGAGGUCAAAGGCAGUGUUACUGUUCUCGUGGUAUCCAUGGAGACAGAUGCCAAUAUAAUGAUGCCCAGUUCAAGAAUCUUGGUUGUUGGACUGACUCCACAGUUGUGGGUUUAGAAACACUAGAAGGGACUGACCCUCGGCUGAUGGACAACUAUCAAACUCGAGAAGACGCAGUUUAUAAAUGCUACAAAGCGGCCAAAGCACGCGGAUUUAAAGUGUUUGCUCUUAAAAAUGGCGGGCAGUGCUUGUCGUCUGCAUCGGCUCACCUGAUUCUCAAAAGGAAACGGGAGCGUUCAUUAACCUGUAACAUCAACGGGAAAGGUGGGAGUCAUGCAAAGCAAUUUUACCAAAUCAUGCCAGGCAAUAAGAAACUGAGCGCCCAGUACAAGGUACAAAAGAACAUCGUCGUUGAAAACGCUGCCGCGUUGAAGUCCGUAACGACAAAGAACCCGAUGAUAUGCAUGGGACAGUGCACGGGGGAGGCGGAAUGUACUGGGUUUCAUUUCAGACCAAUGCAAGGAGAUACAGACACCAACUGCCAGUUAAUCAGUACCGAUGUCGCCGAGGCAACGCAGGUCCCUCACAGCACGCUGAGUCUGUAUCUGCGUAUACCAGAGGGAGAGGUGGAAGAAGAAGAUUUUUACUAAUUUGGGUAUUUUAAUUGAAAUAAUGCACCAGUUUACCAGUACCAUUGACGAAACAGAUAAACUAAGGCAUUAACUAUGACAAUGACAUUCUGUACAUCCUAGGCAUGACAGUUUUAAUGGGUGAGAGUUUAAAGGGAAUUUUAAGUAUUUAGUGCCUAUACCUAUGGGCGCUAUAUGUUCAACAGUGUUGGCAUAUGCAUUUAAUCUAUAUCGGCACUAAUUUUGAAACAAGAUAUCGCCGAUACGGCGCUCUACUAUAUAUGUCUUUAAGACAAAUAUGGUGGAUUUAACCGUUCUCCAUGUGCACUUACGUAACAUUAUGGUUAGAUAACCUAACCAGCCUUUUCUUUUACACAUAACUGAAACAUAUAUACCGAAAAUAUAUACCUGACUAACACGAUCUUAAAUUGUCAAUUUUGCGACAAGCAAAGUAUCCCAUUUUUUUCUGAUAACGGUCAUUUCAGAAGCUUAUUAUGAAAUGCGUUAUUUAUUUAUCCUCUUUUCUGAAAAUCAUUAAUCUAUCUCCUAUUCUAGUUACCCUAGAUUGUAAAGUUAACAUUUAACUUGUGGAGUCGGAGAUUAUCAAUGACAGAGACAAGAUUUAUCAAUA